AUGAUCUCGCUAGCAAAGACAAUCAGCAGGUUUCUGAUGGAAAUAACUACGUGUACAGGACUCCACACUCGCACCCCAAGGGAAAGGACUCCACACUCGCACCCCAAGGGAAAGGACUCCACACUCGCACCCCAAGGGAAAGGACUCCACACUCGCACCCCAAGGGAAAGGACUCCACACUCGCACCCCAAGGGAAAGGACUCCACACUCGCACCCCAAGGGAAAGGACUCCACACUCGCACCCCAAGGGAAAGGACUCCACACUCGCACCCCAAGGGAAAGGACUCCACACUCGCACCCCAAGGGAAAGGACUCCACACUCGCACCCCAAGGGAAAGGACUCCACACUCGCACACCAAGGGAAAGGACUCCACACUCGCACACCAAGGGAAAGGACUCCACACUCGCACACCAAGGGAAAGGACUCCACACUCGCACACCAAGGGAAAGGACUCCACACUCGCACACCAAGGGAAAGGACUCCACACUCGCACACCAAGGGAAAGGACUCCACACUCGCACACCAAGGGAAAGGACUCCACACUCGCACACCAAGGGAAAGGACUCCACACUCGCACACCAAGGGAAAGGACUCCACACUCGCACACCAAGGGAAAGGACUCCACACUCGCACACCAAGGGAAAGGACUCCACACUCGCACACCAAGGGAAAGGACUCCACACUCGCACACCAAGGGAAAGGACUCCACACUCGCACACCAAGGGAAAGGACUCCACACUCGCACACCAAGGGAAAGGACUCCACACUCGCACACCAAGGGAAAGGACUCCACACUCGCACACCAAGGGAAAGGACUCCACACUCGCACACCAAGGGAAAGGACUCCACACUCGCACACCAAGGGAAAGGACUCCACACUCGCACACCAAGGGAAAGGACUCCACACUCGCACACCAAGGGAAAGGACUCCACACUCGCACACCAAGGGAAAGGACUCCACACUCGCACACCAAGGGAAAGGACUCCACACUCGCACACCAAGGGAAAGGACUCCACACUCGCACACCAAGGGAAAGGACUCCACACUCGCACACCAAGGGAAAGGACUCCACACUCGCACACCAAGGGAAAGGACUCCACACUCGCACACCAAGGGAAAGGACUCCACACUCGCACACCAAGGGAAAGGACUCCACACUCAAAGAGAAUGA